AUUUUAUCAUUCCUAUUCUUCCUCUCACAUCACUCCCCACCAACCCCUUCUCCCCUUCCCUCUCAAACAAAGCCAUGGCCACUCGGGCACUUGUUUCAUCUUCCUUAACCUCCUCGGGGGGCGCCGCCAGACAAAGAUUUGGUGCCAAACCCUGUCUUGGAUCCUCCACAAAACAAGCUUCUUUUGUUGUUAGAGCUGAAGCCACUCCUCCCGUUAAGCAAGGAGCCAACCGAGCAUUAUGGUUUGCUUCAAAACAAAGUCUUUCUUACUUGGAUGGAAGUCUCCCAGGCGAUUACGGGUUCGACCCACUAGGGCUAUCGGACCCUGAAGGCACGGGAGGGUUCAUCGAGCCGAGAUGGUUGGCAUACGGGGAGGUAAUCAACGGGCGGUUCGCAAUGUUGGGAGUAGUAGGAGCCAUAGCCCCAGAGAUAUUAGGGUCACUAGGGCUAAUCCCACCAGAAACAGCCCUCCCAUGGUUCAAAACUGGGGUGAUCCCACCAGCAGGGACCUACAACUAUUGGGCAGACCCCUACACACUAUUUGUACUUGAAAUGGCUCUAAUGGGGUUCGCUGAACAUAGAAGAUUUCAAGAUUGGGCUAAGCCAGGGUCCAUGGGGAAGCAGUACUUCUUGGGUCUAGAGAGGUUCUUGGGUGGGUCAGGGGACCCAGCUUACCCAGGUGGGCCCUUGUUCAACCCUCUAGGGUUUGGUAAAGAUGAGAAGUCAAUGAACGAUUUGAAGCUAAAAGAAGUGAAAAAUGGAAGGCUUGCAAUGUUGGCCAUAUUGGGUUUCUUUAUUCAAGGACUCGUCACUGGCGUUGGCCCUUACCAAAACCUUUUGGACCAUUUGUCUGACCCUCUUAACAAUAACCUCUUGACAAGCCUUAAAUUUCACUAGAUUUGUAAUGGGUCUCAAAUCGUUACGUUUUUUUCUUGAACAAUCACUUAUAUAUUCGUCGAUGCUUCUUGUUUUGUUAGUAGAUAAUGAACUAAUCAUUGAAAAGUACUUGUACGAA